AUGGCGUCAGCUUGGCAGGAUUUGAGUAAAGUCCCAAAGAAGCCAUUUCUCAUUACCGCAGCAAAUAUCCCCUGCUAUGAAGAACAUUUUGUGAACCAGGUUGAGUCAGAGGAAGAACCUUGGUUUACGAAUAUUCUGCGAUGGAAGGUGACUGCGUCAACUUAUGUUCGUCAUUGUAAAGCUUGCCAGUAUCAUGAUAACAAAAGCCAUUUGCCUGCUGUUGAACUCCAUCCAACAACUCCUUCUUGGCCUUUUUCAGUAUGGGGUAUAGACAUCAUCGGCAAGAUCACACCAGCAGCAUCGAAUGGUCAUCAAUAUAUUUUGGUUGCAGUAGACUACUUUUUUAGACGGAUUGAAGCUCAAUCCUAUAAAACUUUGACUGCCAAACAAGUGGCUAGAUUCAUUGAACAGAAUAUUUUCUGUCGCUAUGGUGUUCCUCAUCACAUAGUCACGGACAAUGGUUCUCACUUUCAAGUCAACGGACAAAUGGUUUCUCACUUUCAAGCAGGACACGGUCGGCCAGUUGUCUAUUAUAGAAUAUCAAGGUUGGCCACUCACCUUUUCUCCUUAUCGACCUUCAAGCUAAUGGUGUAG